GCGAGGCGGAGCGGACUUUGUCCCGGCCUCAGACGCUGCCACCAGCCGAGGAGCCGCCACGCCACAACACUCCUCUGCAGGCGCCACCAUGAAGCCUUCAUCACUGCCUUCCUCCUCCUCCUCAUCAGUAACCUCUACCUCAGAGCCAGCAGAUCCCAACCCUCAGUCCUCUUCAUCACCUCCUCCUCGGCUGUCUCUGCAGAGUCCAGAGCUGCAGGCCGAGUUUCUGAAAGAGUGUCAGAGCAGAUUUAAGUCUAACGGUGACUCCAGUGUUGCUGCCUCCUCUUCCUCCUCCUCUCCUUCCUCACACCCCUCCCCUCUACCCUCCCCCUUCAGCCCCACCCCUUGCUCCCCUUCCUCCCCCUGGAGCUCCUCAUCUUCCUCACCGUCUCCAAACAGCAGACAAGCUCGUCUGUCCUUGUCCAGCCCUGAACUGCUGUCAGAGCUGAAGGAUCCCAGGAAGCACUCCCUCCGACACGCUCCUGUCAAAAUUGGCAUGACCACCAUCUUCUCCGGACGAGGACGAGGCGGACGAGGAGGAGGAGGAGGAGGAGGAGGAGGAGGAGGAGGAGUUCAGGUGUCUGACUCCGCCUCCACCACUGAACCGGCCAAUCAGAGGAUUGCUCGCUGACAGCUGCUUCUUAGUCCACCACAGGAUCAGAUUCUGCCUCCAUGCCGCCUCAAUGUGAACACGAUGAGCUCUGAAACAGCUGACACAUCACUACACUGAACCCUAACUGAGCUUUAACAGGACCACAGGGAUGAAGAUGCAGAUUCAUCAUCACUAUUUUCACUUCAUGUCCAGUUGUUGAUCAUUUCCCACAGAAAAGUCGAUUCAUGUAAACAUGCUGAUGAUGUCGUCAGACUAAAGCUGAAAUAAAGUUUAAAACUUU